AUGUGCCGAGAUAAGGUAUUCAUGCUGAUAGGAUCUUUUCUGAAUCUCACAAUUUUGGUGGCGCCCUGCAACAUCAUGUGGGCCCAGAAAGCAAUUUCUAGACCCGUUCCAAUCCCCAGCAACAUCAAUCUGCAGAAGAAAAGGCCAGUGAGGACGACACGUGUUGCAUCAUUAUCAAGCAGUUGCUUAAAAGGAGAGAAAAGGCGAAAUAAUCAGUUCGUUAUUCACGAUCUGAGGGCGCUCGGUGCUAAGAAGUUUUUUGGCAAGUUCUGCGCCGGAUCUAUCGAUCACAUCAGUAUCCGCCAGCUGCAGUGCAUUCUACUUAAAGUCGCUCUACUUCUGGGAGUUGAAAUUCACGAGAACGUGACGUUUGAAGGACUCGCUGAGCCGCCAGAAGAUCAGUCGAUCAAAAUAGGUUGGAAGGCUAAAAUUAGCCCGGCGGAUCAUCCAGUCUCGCAAUAUGAAUUUGACGUGCUCAUUGGUGCUGAUGGCAAGAGAAACACAUUGGACGGGUUCAAACGCAAGGAAUUCCGUGGACGACUGGCCAUUGCCAUUACGGCCAAUUUGGUUAACAAGAAAUCGGAAGCCGAGGCACGCGUCGAAGAAAUUUCGGGCGUGGCUUUCAUUUUCAAUCAAAAGUUCUUCAAAGAACUCAACACCGUCACUGGCAUCGACCUGGAAAACAUCGUCUACUACAAAGACGAAACCCAUUACUUUGUCAUGACGGCCAAAAAGCAGUCGCUGCUCAGCAAAGGGGUCAUUAUUCAGGACUUCCCGGACACGGUGAAGCUAUUGUCGAUCGAGAAUGUUAAUAAAGAGGCCCUGAUGGACUAUGCUCGUCAAGCGGCCGAUUUCUCCACCAAUUAUCAGCUGCCACACUUGGACGUUGCCGUCAAUCAUUACGGCCAGCCGGAUGUGGCCAUGUUUGACUUCACUUCCAUGUUUGCGGCCGAGAACGCUUCAAGGGUGCUAGAAAGACACGGCCACAAAAUGCUCAUGUGCCUGGUGGGUGACAGUUUACUGGAGCCGUUCUGGCCGACAGGCUCGGGAUGUGCGCGUGGCUGGCUGAGCUCUUUCGACGCCUGCUGGGCCAUCCACUCUUGGUCUAGUGGUCGGAUGACUCCGCUGGAGGUCCUCGCCGAGCGAGAGUCCAUUUACCGCCUGCUGGCUCAAACAACGCCCGAGAACCUGAACAAAGAUUACAGUGCCUACACCGUCGAGCCUCAAACACGCUACCCCAAUCUCAACAUACGAACCUGUCUCGAUAUCCAGGUCAAAUCACUCUACGACACGGAUAACUUGGCCGAGCUGGCCAGACCUGUCAAAGCUCCCGUCGAGGAGGGAACUCGGAAAAGAACUAAACGACCCGACUCUUUCAUUCACCCAGAUACGUUAUUGGUGUGGCUCAAGAAGCAGAUUGCACUCUACGAUAUCACUAUCACAGAUAUGACGAAUUCAUUUCAAGACGGCCUUGCCCUCUGUGCUAUUAUCCAUCGAUAUCGCCCCGAUCUGCUGGAUUUCGCCUCACUGGAUCCAGCAAAUGUGGCCGUUAAUAACCAACUGGCUUUCGACAUCCUUGAAGAACUUGGCGUUCUUCCUGUGACCACCGGUUACGAAAUGGCUCAGUUGGCCGUCCCUGACAAACUGUCCAUGCUGUCCUAUCUGACACAAGUUCACGAAUUGUUCUGUGGGGAAAUUCCUUGCGUCAAACAACCUAAAAGGGAACUGACCGAGUCUGAGGAGGACAUUUUGGGAGCAGCUUCUCUGAAACGGCCAACUGCCAUUUGUUCUGCCGGCCAAUACCAACGCGCCGCAGCUCAGAGCAAAGCCACAACGCGAACGUCGACGUCCAGCAAGCGGAAAACGUUGGAACGCGUAGCGACGGCAGAGGCGCCCAGCAGCACACUCAACCGGACCGGAGGUGACCGCAACAAGGCCGACAUGUCUUUGCGCAAAGCCCGCAAGCGUCGCAGUACCGACCGUUCCUUACACAACACCGCGGAACGCGGUCAAGUCCAGCAAGAGAUAGCCGCAAACCGGUUGGACCGAAAGCAACGGGCGGCAGCUUUCCUGCGCCUCCGAUUCGAUAGAAGUAUGCAGAUGUUGCAAGCCGGUGGCGAUCCGGACGACGAGCCGGGCGGAUUCAGCAAGGCCACAGAAAGACAGAUGAAGGCUGAUCGCGACCUCCAGGAUAUUUCCCUAUUCAUUUACCGACUCGAGUCAGAUUUCGAGGAUAAGAGGUGCCGACUGGAGAAGAUGUUGUCCGGUUUCAACCCCACCGACCGCAAUGCCAAGCCCGGCCGUGGUAGCGGUGCAGAAGGUAGCGAAUCGCUGAGUAAUAAAGUCCGUGAUUUGGAAGCCAAGCUGAGAGGCAAUCGCCCAACUGACAAGAAACCCAAAGAUCUAAUCCGAGCCAUAGGAAAAUUGGAUAGGAGCGACUGGCAACUUUCUGCUUUGGAGAAGAAGAUUGAAGAGAACCAGACACCUGGUGGGGUGAAAGAUCCGCACAUGCAUGAUAACAAAGUGCCCAAAUGGAACAGGGACGCGUUCACUGAUAAGUUCGAAGCGAUCAAUCGCCGGAUUCACGGUUUACCUGCAGAAGCCGUCAACGAAAAGUACGUCAACCUGGAACGCGGUAUGAAGCAGCUGCAGAGGAAGCUCAAAGAAGGCAGUGUGCUGGAUACGGGCCAUCGAGGCAGCAAUAAGGUUUCCGCCAUGGCUCAGCAGCUGUCCAAAAAGGUGCCGGAAGUGUCCAGUGUGAAUGAUCAGGCGGAAUCUUUCAGACCCAAGCCGGUGCUCAAUCUUCCUCAGCAAGGAGGCUCGGAGACGUGCCAUUUUUGCAGCAAACGCGUCUACCUGAUGGAACGCAUGAGCGCCGAAGGUCGAUUCUUCCAUCGCGGCUGCUUCCGUUGCGAGUACUGCGCUUCGACGUUGCGACUCGGAGGCUACGCUUUCGUCCGCGACGACCUCCUCGGCGGCGUCUUUUUCUGUAUGCCGCAUGUGUCCAUGUUGUACUACAUGCGCAACAAAAUUCUGACGGGCCGCAACGGCGAAACUUGCGUUGACGGCCAAAUUGAACGAAGAAUUGCCCAGCCCGUUGCUGCCCAACCAAACAAUCAACUUCUCAACAUUAGUGCGGAUAAGCCAAUCGUGUUUGAGCCGAUCAAGAGCCCUCUAGUCCAGGCUGCUGUCCAGGCUGCCGAUCUCGACUUCCGGCGAGAUGGCACUCCGGAAAGAGUGGAAUUUGAAAAUUCCAUCGCCGACGAGACGGCCAAAGAAGAUCAACUGAGCGAAAUCGACGAAGACGAAUGGACUGACCACAAUUUCGGCAAUUCCGUCCAUUCUGGCACGGAAGAUGAAGCCUCAUCUUUGGACGAUUCAAGUUCCGACGAUGACGAAGACGACGAGGAAGGGGGAGAAGAAGUUUCCAACGAAAAUCUGAUGGAACUUGACAGGCCUUUGACUGCAGACGAAACUCGAAGACUUGCCGAAUCGUGGAAGAAACGCUAUUCGACCGAAGCGUCCGAUCGCAAUCCACAGGAAUGUCAAGAACCGCUUCACGAAAGCAUUCCUGAAAAUGAAGAAGAAAACAACGUCCGGAUUGAUGUCCCGGCCUUCCCGCUUGCAUCCGAACCCAUCCACAAGAAAUCCAGUGAAGAAGCAACCAGUUCCGAUACAGAGAUGGGUUCCGAUGAGGAGUUGGAAUUGGAAGAUGAAGAGGAGGACGAUGAAGGAGAGUAUGAAGAGGAGAGCGAAUACGAGAAUGGCGAAGAGGAGGAAGACGAAGAUGAUGAAGACGAAGAAGAUGAAGAGGAUGAAGAAGACGACCGAGAUUCUGCUACGGAAAUUGAAACUGAUUCUGAAUUUGAUCAGAACAGCAAUGCCGACGUACGUUUAGGACUUCAAGGAAUCCCUACUAUCGUUGUCAACGAAUCAGAGGCUGAGCAGUUGAAAAAGAGCACUGACCAGCUGGCCAACGGUAAUGGAUUGGACAGUCAUCCGGUAGCGGAAGUGGAAGCCGAACCAUUGGAACAGAUGCCACCCACCAGAUCCACGAAGGGAGAUCCCAAACCCAUCUACGUUGAUCAGUACAUAUCACUUGAAAAUGCUCGACCACUCCAGCGGACGCUAUCCCAUGAAGAUAGCAGAAAUGCUGAUUCGGCGACCGCACCUGGCCGUUCGGGAGUCUUGGCCUAUUUGCGUCGCCACGAACAGCUAGAAAGGUCGCCUUCUACCAAUAUGGUGGCCUCUAAGAACUCGCUGGAACUCAAGAAAAAGUACAUGAUGGAUUAUGGAGGCUCUACAGGCUCGCUGGCACAAAAAUCUGCUUCGACCACCAAUCUCGAUAGUAAGCUGAGGAGCUUUGUGGACACCAUUUCCGAGGCCCAGAAAAAACUUAAUCCGGCCCCUCAGCCCAGCGUUCCCAUGCAGGUGUUCUUACAGAACACGGCCAACAUUUUCCAACCAGGGCCACGUCAAGUGCCAAACGUUUUACCUGUCGAAAAAACUAACGAACCUGCUCAACCGGUUCUCAGUAUUCCAAAAGAAAUGCCGCCAGAGGAUUUGGAGUGUUUUGAAAAGGAACCUCCAACUCCGACCAACAGUGAACCCCCAGCUGAAGCGAUUGCUGCAAUCGAAUCCGCUGAAAUUGUAGCGGUCACGCCGAGCGACAGCGGCUCCGCCCAAACAAAUGGAAACAUCGCCAGCGAAGUCACUAGCAGUGACACCGAAUCAGAAGAAUCCAAGGAGGAAUCUAAUCGGGACGCGACUUCAGAUUUCGACACGGAUUCUGAAGCGGAUUCAUCCGAACCACCGUACGAAGCGCUCAACCAGUAUGUUGCUUUGCCCUUCCUCCUCCUCCCGUUGUUUCACACAUUCUUUUGUUUCUCCUCGCUCCCUGUUAUUUUCCUUAUUAAUUCUUUAAUAGUGGUUGUGGUUUCGUUUCACUGCCGUUCUUCCCGCUCUUCGUUUUCCUUACCCAGUAGUAGUAGUAGCUUUACCUUAUCUAUUAUUAUGCUUAUUCUUUCAAAUCGACCUGCGCUCAAAUUUCUUUUUUCUACGUUACCUGACAAUGUUUUAAAGUCGGCCUCCGGGAGAAUUUUUUUUUUUUUUUUUUCGUUUCUAAUCUUAGUCAAUCCUACCGGUAAAUCUUAUUCUCUUAUUCUUUAUUUUGCGUCCCGUCUGAAUCGUUUUCUAUUUUGGGCUUUUCAACCACAAAAUGUGUCUGACGAGCCAAGUGAAGUUAAUAUCCGAAUUGCUUGAUUGGGAUGCCAAAAUGACAUGCAAUCUAGUCUAACUAGAAACUAUCUGCUGGAUAAAAACAAGCGCAAAAAAGAAAAGAAAAAUCCAUCCCCAAAGAAUCGAGUUGUAAUCGUAACGCCGUGAAACAGUCCGAUCAGCUUUUAAAAAUCGCCGUUCAAUAUUGCCUUGAAAUAAUCUUCGUGUCCGUUAAUUUUGUUUUCUUGUAAUUUAAAUUUAGAAUAGUGAAGUGUGCUUUUAUCAUUUGCCUGUAAGCGCUUUUGAAGGAAUAAGCAGUCGAAGAUAAUUUAGACUUGUCAGAGACACAAUUAACCGGAAGCAACCUCUUUCUCUUGUGUUGUCUGGCUCUCCCCAUUGCAGGUACCGUGAAGAGGACAAAGACCUGGAAACUCAAAUGCUUGCCAAAGGCUUGCGGCUAGCUACGCUUCGCCAACGAAAGGAAUCCCAAGUCUGAUGAUUAUGAAACCGUCUAAAACACCACGUUUUAAAGAGGAGGAUGUUUGUAAACAUUUGAAUUUUUUUUUUCCCUUUUAUUUCUAUCCUCCUCUCUUAUUAUCGAGUCUCUUCUGUCCAUGGGAUUCCAUCCGUUCUGCGUAAGAACACCUCGACUUAAAACAAAAGUAGUCAAUUUUUUUUGUCAAAAUUUUUUUCAUGAGAGGCCGCUUCCAAAACGUUGGUUAAAUUGCUAGUCAUUCAUUGAAAUGAAUUGAGCCUUUGGACUGAAAAAUGAGAUUCACGCAGUCUGCGCUCCUUGGUGGCUGUCUUAAAAAAAAAAAAAAAAACACAUAACCUUGUUUGAUGGAAUAAUAACUUUGUUAACAACAAUUUUUUGGGGGCUAGACGUACGUGAGGGGGGUGGUUAUUAAUGAUUAUCAGCCAACCGUGGAUAACGCGUGCUGUAAGAUGGGGUGGCGGCAUUAUCAGUGAUAAUAACUCAUCAAUUUGUGCAUGUUGUUGAGCUUUUUUUCCUGUUUGUUGAAUUAACGCCGACAAAAACUCGAUAAAUUGUUUCAUUUCUCCCCUCCCUCGAAGAGAGUGUGCGUGUUGUGCAAUGCUUUUGGCAGCUGGACCUCAUUGUUUUUCAUGUCAUUCAUGAACCGAAGUGAAGUUACCUUUUUUUUAACCUGCCUUUUUCUGUUUCUCGUUAUAUAUCCUCUUUUAUGGUUUUUCUGUAUCCGUCGCUUUUCAACUUAACCAAACGAUUUACUUCUUCGUAUAUACCUUCAUGAAACAAACUGACUGAUCAAAUGUUUCCCUUUUUGUCUUUUGUUCCUGAUCGAUUCGGACUUACCAUGAGAUUGAUACUCCUUAAAUUUUUGUUUUUUCCCCCCUUAUUUGUUUGUUUCAUCCUUUUUUGAAAAAAAAAUUAAACAUUGCCGAGUGCUAAAAAGAUUGGCUUUGCCGUCAUGCCUUGUAUGACUUAUGCAAGCAGACCCUCCCAAAUAUACAUGACAUCAUUCGAUCCUGAAACGAAAUUAUAAUCAUUUUAAAAAACAUUUGUAUAUUCGUCUGAGCGAUCGGAUAAGACGACUUGUUAAUACAGCAAAGAUGUAUCAAUCA